AUGGGAUGUGGAGGAUCUAUACCUGUUUACUCUCUACUUGAAAACCAACCCCUGGAACAAUCUUACCCUGAUAACAACAAUGGAAAUCUGGAAGAUAAAAGUAAAGUAGAAGAUAUUUUACGUGGUGAUUUAUCAACUGAAUGUCCAUCUACAGCUAAAAUAGUUAGAAUAUUUACAAGUAGUACCUUUACUGAUACUCUAUAUGAAAGAAAUUCGCUGAUAGAAAGAGUUUAUCCCAAAUUAAAAGAAUUUUGUCAGUCACGUGGUUAUGAGUUCCAGGUUGUUGAUAUGAGAUGGGGUGUCAGGGAUGAGGCCACAGAUGAUCAUAUGACCUCUGAACUUUGUCUAAGAGAAGUUGAUUUAUGUAAGAAAUUGUCAACGGGCCCAUCUUUUGUGACGUUCUUGUCUCAUAAAUAUGGCUACCGAUAUUUUCCAAGGCAAAUCGAUGCUGGUGAGCUUGAGAUUAUCAAAGAUAACAUGAAAUCAGAAGAAUCGAAACAACUCUUGGACAGAUGGUUUAAGAAAGAUGAAAAUUCCGUGCCACCUAUUUACAUAUUACAACCAAUCAGUUCACAUAUCCCGUCAUUCCUUUCACAUAAUACAGACGAUAAGAAAAAGGCUCGAACCAAGUGGUAUGAGGAAAGCGAGAAGUUACAAGAAUCUAUUAUUUCAACUGCUGAAAUCUGUCUGGAUGAAAACCAAGUUGAACGAUAUUUGAUGUCAGUUACUGAAGUUGAAAUACGACGUGGUAUACUAAAUUCUAAACAAGAUGGCGAGCGUAGUUUCUGGUUUCAUCGUGUUAUAGAUGAUAUAGAUGAUCAACCUUCCAGUUACUUACUCAGUAGAUAUAAAGAAUGUGUUGGAAAUAAAGAUCAUGUUGUUCAAGCUCAGGAAAUGUUACAGAAGUUACGAGAGAUGAGAUUAAAACCCGCUCUACCUCACGAUCAUUAUAAAACAUACAAUAUACCAUGGACAGAAAAGGGAAUAGAUCCUAACGGUGUAUCAAGUCAUCAACAGUAUAUAAAUAAACUAUGUGAAGAUUUUGAGAGUGAUAUGAAGGAGAUGAUACAGAGAGCUAUAGAAAAUAAACAGAAAUCUUUGAUCAGUAGUGAGCUAUAUCAGGAGGUCGUUCAACAUGCUGCCUUCUGCCAGGAAAAAUGUCAAGCCUUUCAUGGUCGUCAAAAUACUCUAUCGGCUAUACGAAACUACCUGACGAGUGAUUCUCGAGAACCUUGUAUUGUUUAUGGUACAUCUGGUUGUGGAAAGACAUCUGUAGUUGCUAUGGCAGCUAACAACUGUCGAGUUUGGCUUGGAAAUAAAUGUAUUACUCUUUUAAGAUUUAUUGGAACGACGCCGAAAAGUUCUGCAAUUGGAUCUUUACUACUGAGUUUAACCAAUCAGAUUAAUAUGAUUUAUGGCGGAACUAGUGCAAAAUCUUACACGAAUUUACGAGAUAUAACAGACGACUUUUUAAAAUCACUCGGUUCAGCAUCUAAACAGAACCAAUUGAUUAUUUUCUUGGAUUCAUUGGACCAGUUGGAUCCUGGAGGAAAUGCCAAACAAAUGUUCUGGUUACCAAGGAAACUUCCCCAGAAUGUUAAAGUGGUUCUAUCAACACUUCCGGAACCUCAGUACGAAUGUUUUCCUAAACUUCAGGCAAUGUUCCCUGCCAAAUCCAACAGACAGUUUAUCGAAGUUCCUAACCUACCAGAAAAAGAUGCAAAGGGCAUUUUGAGUAAAUGGUUUGAAUUACGAAAAAGGAAACUUCAACCCCAUCAAAUGACGGUUUUACUGGAUGCCUUUAAAAAGUGUCCGUUACCACUGUUCCUAAAACUAUCGUUUGACGAGGCCUGUCAGUGGACAUCAUAUAGUAAUCGGGACUCGACUGAAUUGGAGACCACUGUUCGUGGUAUUGUCAAUCAUUUGUUCAGUCGAGUCGAAGCUUUACAUGGAAAGAUGCUCGUAUCACGUGCACUAGGAUAUCUCACACUGAGUAAAAGUGGACUCACUGAAGCCGAACUGGAAGACAUCUUGUCUUGUGAUGAUGACGUAUUAAAUGACGUAUACAUGUAUUGGACUCCACCCAUACGUCGUCUACCACCACUCAUAUUAGUUAGAAUGAGAUAUGAAUUGGAACAGUAUUUUGUUGUACGAGGAGCAGAUGGUUCACGUGUAACUUAUUGGUAUCAUCGUCAGUUUGUAGAAGCUGCUAAAGAUAGAUAUCUGAUGGAUUUUAAUAUUACUAAAACUAUGAACUCGAGAUUAGCUGAUUACUUCUCUGGUGUCUGGGCACAUGGCAGAUCUAAACCAUUUACCAAUACAAACCAGACGUCAUCUGCUGACCGCCAUGUUGCUUCUCAACCAUUAAUGUUUGGCGAAACGUUCAACUACAGAAAGAUCAACAAUCUAGCUUAUCAUAGACUACAAGCUGAUCAACUUGAACUACUCAAAUCAGAAUGUUUGUGUUGUUUUCAGUUUAUCUUGGCUAAACUCAAAUCUCAGGGACUAAGACAGCUACUGGAAGAUUAUAUCCAAGCUAGGAAUCAGUAUCCAGAUGACGAGGACAUAAAAUGUGUUGAAGACGCCUUACAACUUUCCCAGAAUGUUCUUCAGUACAAUAAUAAUGAACUACCAUCACAGUUAUUAGGACGAAUUGAGCCAACAAAGGCGUUGAAUCAGUUAUUAGAAGAUUGUAAGAAAAGUUCAUCGUAUUAUCUGGAACCUAAUCAGAGUGUAUUAAUAAAACCAGGAGGGAGUCUAGUACAUUGUUUAGCUCAACAUAGUGAUAAACCAACCAGUGUUGAUAUGACCAGUGAUGGACAAAUAGCUGUUACAUGUUCCCAUGAUAAAACAAUAAACGCGUGGGACGUUAAACAAGGGAGAUUACUCAAGAUGUUCGAUGAAGUAGGCGACAAGAUGGAGAUGUUGAGACUGUGUUCAGAUCACGUGGUGGUGUUUAAGUGUUCUGUGGGUUUUAUAGGAUAUAAUAUUGAUACCGGUAUAGAGAUUUAUAGAAUAACAAAUGGAGUGACGUUUUGUUUAUGUGGUAAUAAUAAGGAAUAUCUAUGUAUUGUUGAUAAUAACGGUAUAUCUCUAUAUAACUCGAACAAUGGAAAAUUAGUUAAACAAGUGACGUGUUCUGUAGCUACGCUUGAUAAUAAGUCGCAGAGUACUGGAUGUGAGAAAUAUGUAGCAUCAACAUGUAACCAGAAAAAAGAUCUAGUUAUAUUUGAUGUUUUAACUAGAAGUUUUACUGGUAUUAUAGAAGGUUUUUGUGAGGUGUUCGUGUUUUCACCAGAUUCUACCAGAUUGUACACCAGUCACAAGUUUAAACCAGCAUUAUAUGUGUAUGACACGCAGGAUCUUACAUCCUGUAAAUCAAUUGAAGGAAAAGAAAAUAUAUUUGCUCAGGGGCCUUUAAAGAUAACACAAGAUGGUCGCUAUGUUUAUUUUUAUUAUUAUUCUGAUGUAUAUAUUUGGGAUGUUGUGGAGGAGAGUCAGUCUGUUCUCAUUGAUCAUCCAACUCAAAUAACAGAUAUAGUGACAAUAGAUUCUCGUAUAGUUGUUACCACAGCUGAAGAUAGAGCUGUCAGAAUCUGGGAUUUAAAUAGAAAACAUAAUGACGAUGGUGAUCAGGAUAGAAAUGGAAACAAAGGUGCUAAAGUCAUGUCUACGGUUUUGUUCAACAAUCCACGUUACGCCAUCUUUAAAAUAAAGAGAGGUUUUUAUUGGUCUUGGCAACUCUAUGAUCUCUUCUUACAAAAACCUAUCAAGAAGUCGACCAAAUUUGGUCCUAAUUUUGAGAUAUUUAUCGAUGACCAACAUGUGCUAAUAUGUGGAAAUACUAAAAUAAAACUACUAGAUUUAUCUACCAUGGAAUUUAAAGUGGCCUAUGAAGGUCAGAUUUACACAUCCCAGGGUAACGAAAUACGAGUUAUCAAGAACGGUAAAGAAUUUAUAACUUGGAGUGAAGGACAAAUGAGUAUAAAAGUUUAUGAUGUUCAGACUGGUAAAUGUAGUAAAAUCUUAUCAGCAAAUCAAAAACACAAAUUAGAAUCAUUCACGGUAAAUAAAGAUGAGAAUAUUUUAGUUACCGAGGGUGAAUGUGAAGAGGAUGUUAUAUUUUAUAUAUUUGAUAUACAAACCUACACCUAUAAACAAUCUAUAUCAUCUGAUACAUUAGGUUUAAACACAGUUGGUAUUGAUGCCAAAGACUUUAUAAUAACUCCUGAAGGAUCCAAAAUAUUGUUUAAAUAUCGAGAAUUAGACAAGAUUGAAAUUAUUGUUUGUGAUUUGUUUACUGGAACACUAAGUCAAAGAUUGUUGGCAAGAUCGGCUGUUUCCGGCAGAACCCCUGUCAACUAUCAACUUCUUACUUCAAGUACUGUACUAAUUCACCAACAAGAUUGCUUCAUGAAAGUUUAUGACUUUAUAAAUGAUUCGUUACUAAUGGAGAAAGAUGACUGUAAUCAGGUUUCCGUGCCAGAUAAUGGUCCGUACUUUCUAACCUAUGGUAGAUUAAAGGGAGAUAACGCUGUGAAUGUUUGGGACCGGCAAAAGCUUACUAGUUUAGCUUCUUUCUACAUGGACGCCGAGUUACGAACUGCCCGGUGUACAACUGAUGGUCAUCAUAUACUACUUACAACACAAGAAACAGGUGAUCCUAUAAUCUUUCAACUUAAAGGUGGUAAACAAAUACCGGAAUAUUUUAACUAUAAACAACUUCAAGAUUACAAAGAAUUAUACUCCCAUUCAGAUGAAGAUAAAGACAUUACAAUAUUAGAAGAUCAAGAUGCUACUAAGUAUUAUUUCAAACAGGAAACAUAAUAGCACCAAUUAAUAGACAUUUAAUAAAUUUAUAUUUACAAAAUCGUCGUAUUUGUUUUCUUUUAAAAACAUUCUUUUAAAUAUUGCAUAGAGGUCUUGAUAAAUUUAAAGUGGAUUUGGGGUGUUUUUUAAGGUCAGUGAAUUAUUCGUG